UAUAUGCAGAAAAAAAUAAACUUUUCAAAUUUAUGGUUUCAAAGUUUUUGCAAAUUUUGCUACUUUUCGUUCGGAUAAGCGGGAGUCUUUGUGCGGUUCAGUAAAAAGGGAAGAGAAAGCGCUUCAAAAUGAAGUAAAAAGCUGCGAGAACAGAAAUUAGUAAAAUAGUGAAAAGACUAUUCGAAAGACUUGACGAUAAUAAUAAUAAAUUAAUAACGAUUCCAUAGAGAGGAGAGAGCAGCGUACGUUCGGUGCAUAGACGGUGCUGUAAUCACUGUCGCUGCGUACAUAUUACGUGCAAGGGACCGAGAAUAGCGAAAAAACAGAAGUAGUGUGAAGUGUGUACUAUUAUUUUUUCAAAAUGUCGUCUGUCGAUAUUGAGAUUGUAAGUGUGCCGAAUUUGCGGAAAAUCGAGAGUUUCCUCAACGAUUCGUCGUACCGCGAAACCAUCGAGAUCAGUUCGAAUUUCAAUGCGAGACUUUGCAUGGAACGCAAAUCACGAAUGCCUUUUGUUGAUGCACAAACCGGCGUAGCGCAGCGAAGUUGUCAUCUGUAUGCCCACAGACGUCAACGUAUGCCAGCGCUGCGAGAAGGUCAAAUUUACAGCUAUCCGUCGCAACGAUGGCGCAAACCGAAACGCCAAUACUUGAUGCGGAUGCAAAAUGCUCGUCCAUUCCGAAGUUUCAAGCGUGUUGAUGGUCCCGAAGGGUUUCCGAGCGAUUCGUUGUUUACGGAAAAAGUUUCAGGCGGAAAUCCGAUGCAAAUUGAAGACUCGUUAUCGUCAUCAUACAGCGGCUUAAUGAACGAAGGCGAUAUGUCAAAGGAUGGCGGAACAUCGAAAAACAGCGAAGAUUUGCCCAAAGAUUGGUUAUACGAUGAAAUUGACAUGAACGACAUCGACGGGAUGGAUGAUGCUGAUAAUGCGGAUUCAGAUUUCGAGUAUAACGUCAACGGAUACAAGAGAAAAACGAGCAACAAUCGACGACGAACGACAAAUAGCAGGGCAGGAAGUAGUCGACGUUCGCGAGCUGAUGCUUCAGGUUCGGGAGAAAGUACGCCUCGUCGAAGUCGAAAUCCCGCAGGUGCAAGCGCAAAUUCUCGACGACGUAGAAAACCUGCGGAAAAGCUGCCUAAAGAACCUGAUCUUGAAGCAGACACGUACACGCCAGCCUUUGAACCAACGUCAUUCGAUUCCGCGGAAAAUAAUUUUGAAUUGAGGAAUUAUAGGAAGAAUGUUUGGUCGGAUCAUUGCUAAGAGAAAUAAUAAUUCAAUUUUACGUCAUAUCAAAAUGCGCAACUUUCUUUCGAUAUUAGAGAAUUCAGUGUUUGUGAGAAGGAAAUUUCUAGUCGAUCAGAUUUCUUCUCUCGAUCAAUUGAAAAUUGACUUCUAUAACAGCCAUGUUGUUGUUUGUUUAUAUUUAACAUAAGACAAAAAAAAAACAGAACCAAGUUCCAAAUGUUUCCCCCUAAAUAAAGUUUUGGCCAAUCAAAAUUUUUAAAUGUACAAAAAUCAGGCUACCUUGAAAAUUUUUGAUACCAUAAAUGAAUUUGUACUAAAAUUAAAUAAAAAUUAUAUAUAAAUGUCGGAUAAACUUAGAUGUAAGAGCAAAAAAAAAUUAUAAA